AUGGCAGAUUUUGCGAAAUCCAUAUUUGGGUUCAGUGGCUUCCACAAGAAAGAGAACCAGACGAACUGUCUGUCGGAUGAAGCAUCAAAAGAAAACCAAAGACCAUAUCAACAGCUUCCAUCACAAUACCAAGAGAAAACACAGCCUUUAAGUCAGCAUACCACGGGCCAGUCGCAGUUUUCUGACAUGGCCAGUCACCACCCUAGCGAAUCGAUUACGUCGGCAAAUAAAAAGUUUUUGCCCAGGGGAUUGGCCAACGUUACUCCAACGACGGCUAUUUCAAACCAAUCGAUGGCAUACGGCACAACUACUAAAAACGACGGCAAUACUACAAGCGAAGCAUUUUUGAACCAGACGUUUAAGAAUGGAAAUAACAAUUCCAAUUCUAACUUGGGCCAAGACACACAUAUGGCAUCUCAACAAACUAACAGAAGUCAGCAUCACCAACAAUCGCAGCAAGCCUCUACCGCUGCUAGUAUGAAUGAUGACAUAAGCAUUGCUUCUGAUCAGUAUUCCAAGCAACCCGUCAUCAUCACCACUGAUGAGACAGGUCAAAAUCAACAACCUCAAUCCAAAAAUGGUAGUCAACCUAAGGGCAGAUUGAAGGUUGCAAUUAUUGAGGCCAAAGAUUUAUUAAUAAACUCGAACAAUUCACAACCUUAUGUUGUAUGCACGUUUGAAAGUUCUGAAUUUGUUACAAAUGCUCCUGGAUCAUUUGGCAAAUCUUCAAAUCAUUCUAUAAAUGGUCCUCAUAAUAAAUUCCAGCAUUUGGGGGGUGUUCCCAUGGUGAAGUUUUCAGACAAAAGUGAAAAGAAUAGACCUGCAUUAUAUCAAAGACAAUCAUCAACUCAGCAUCUCAAUUUGAAGAAUUUUAAAAUUGGCUCCACAAAUCCAAUUUGGAACCACGAGGCAAUCUUUGAUGUAGUUGGAUCUAAAUCGGAAUUAGAUAUAUCGGUCUACGAUGCUGCAAGUGAUGACUCCUUCUUAGGGCACGUUAGAAUCUUUCCUUCUACUAACAGCUCGACAUCUAAUAAACAAAAUAAUGCAGAAUGGUUAGAAUUGAAAACAAGAAUUGUUGGAGAAAGAGUCUCUGGUUCAAUCAGAGUUAAUUGGGAGUACACUUCAUUGGGAAAAAAACUGUACGGACCAGAGGAUUUUGAAGUUUUGAGAUUAUUGGGUAAGGGAACUUUUGGCCAAGUUUACCAAGUUAGAAAGAAUGAUACUGACAGAAUUUAUGCUAUGAAAGUUUUAUCCAAGAAGGUUAUUGUUAAAAAAAAGGAAAUCGCACAUACUAUUGGAGAAAGAAAUAUAUUAGUUAGAACAUCGACGGCCGCCUCUCCCUUUGUCGUUGGAUUAAAAUUUUCUUUUCAAACUCCCUUGGAUUUAUACUUGGUCACUGAUUAUAUGUCUGGUGGAGAAUUGUUUUGGCACUUACAAAAAGAAGGAAGAUUCCCAGAAGAUAGGGCUAAGUUUUAUAUCGCCGAAUUAGUCUUGGCUUUGGAACAUUUACAUGACAAUGAUAUUGUAUACCGUGACUUGAAACCAGAGAAUAUUUUACUUGAUGCUAAUGGACAUAUUGCAUUAUGUGACUUUGGGUUGUCAAAGGCCAAUUUAAAUAACGAUGGUACCACCAACACUUUCUGUGGUACAACGGAAUACUUAGCACCUGAAGUCUUACUUGAUGAAUCAGGAUAUACAAAAAUGGUUGAUUUCUGGUCGUUAGGUGUUUUGAUUUUUGAAAUGUGUUGCGGCUGGUCUCCAUUUUAUGCCGAAAAUACUCAGCAAAUGUACAAAAAUAUUGCAUUUGGUAAAGUGAGAUUUCCCAAAGAAGUAUUAAGUAUUGAGGGUCGUUCGUUUGUCAAGGGUUUAUUAAACAGAAACCCUAAGCAUAGAUUAGGAUCCACUAACGAUGCAAGGGAAUUAAGAGCACAUCAAUUCUUUCAGGAUAUUGACUGGCAUUUGUUGAAAGCAAAGAGUAUCCCACCUCCCUUCAAGCCACAUUUAACUUCAGAAACUGAUACAUCUAAUUUCGACCCUGAAUUCACUUCAGAGUCUACCUCAGUAUUAAAGAAACAGUUGGAAUUAGCCUCCACUCCAUUAUCACCCGGAAUUCAAGCAAAUUUUAAAGGAUUCACAUAUGUUGAUGAUUCAACCAUGGAAGACCACUUUGGAAAAUCACAUAGAAUGAAUGCUUUCAAAGGCCCUGGGUCUUUUAUUCCUGGUAACCCUGACUUACCUCCUGACGAAGACGCCAUAGACGACGAUCAAUUUGACGAAAACGAAGAAAUGGAAAUCGAUGAAGAUCAUCAUAUGGACGAUGAAGAAUUCGUUAAUGGCAGGUUCGAUUUAUGA